AUGUCGACCACUCGCUUCUCUCGCGUACUAUGGCCAAGACAAGGAGCUACCAUUCCUCUCAUGUUGGACCUGGCUGGUACCCAUUCGCAACGCCAUGGGCUUCGAUCGGUCAAGGCAGUAUCGAUGCAUCGCUUUGUUUUCUCUUCUCGACCCCAUUCACUCUUUGUGUCAACAGCUGCGACUGCUGCCCAAGUGAGCGACCACGUAUACAGCAACAACAACAACAAUCGAGUCGAUAGCAACACUAUACGAAAGCGUCAAAAGGGAGGGCGUAGACGACAUGGAGCUCGUGAUGAACCAUCAUCAUCAUCUAUAUCCAAUGCCAACACCAGUGAAUUGAAGCGACGAUUAUCCACGUUACGAGUGAGCACAGCAACCGAUGAUGACGUACAAUCGAUAUGGCAACUGUAUAUCAACGAGUAUGAAUCGACAACACUUCCGCCGGUUCUUCAAACCAUGUUGUAUCGCCUAGUGGGAACCAAAGGAAGCAAUGGCAUGAUGGAGACCCUCUUUAAGCAAUCACCACCACAAAGCGUUGAAGCCAUGGAAUGGGUUAUUUUGGUACACGUGAAAGCCAACCGACCGAGAUAUGCCCAUCGAUUGUUAAAAGACAUGUAUGCUGCUGGCCAGAUACCAACAUCCAACACAUUCAGACACCUCAUCAAGUAUAAUGCCAAAGGAUUCUCCAAACCCAAUCGACGAAGGAUGGCUGAAAAGUUGUUGAAUGAUAUGCUCAAUCUUGGCGUGACGCCUGGUACAAGUAUAUGGAUGGAAUUACUGAUGGGACAAGCGGUUCAUGGUUUGCCAUUAACGUACCUGGAUCCUUUUUUGGCGGCGGUCGCUGAUUCAAAACGUGGAGCACACAGGAUCAACAAAGUAGUACAACUAUUGGCAGGUCAUGGACAUCCAGCAUUGUUGGCGGUGGUGGAACGUACUCAGGACUCAAUAGAUGUGGAUACGUGGAACAUGGCGAUCAAGUACAGUGUGUUUGCAGGCAACAUGAUCACAGCAGAGUCAUUGUUCAAUACAAUGCCCCAUCGCAAUCCUACUUCCUUUCAUACCCUUUUGCGUGGAUACCUCGAACAUCGUGCUAUCGAUCCUGCCAUCCGCAUCUUUCGCUCCAUGAUUGAACAAGGCAUCUCCAUUGAACCUGAUGUUUAUGACGCUUUUAUUAUGGCCUACACGGAUACUUCAAACCAUCAUCACACUACACCAUCAGCAUCAUCAUCAUCAUCAUCACCACCAUCAUCAUCAUCAACCACACAAGAAGAAGAGGACAAUAUAGAAUUACGGAUAGAGACAUUACGGCGAUUAUGGCGAUCGAUGCGUGAUCGUGAUCAUGUGCCUGACGAUGUACUUUCAAGGAUGUUUGAAUUCUAUUUACGACACGAUGCACUGGCAGAUGCAGAGCAAUUGUAUUGGGAUCUAAGAGAACAUCAUGAUCGUCGCCGAUUUGGUCGAAAAACAGAAGGAUGGGUGUCCAAUAUGAUUAUGGCAUUUGCUGGAAAACGACAACUGUUAUCGGCCAUUUCACUGACGUAUGAUUGGAUCGGCCUUGGAUACGCACCCAACAGCAAAGCGAUCAUCAAACUCAUCAAGGCAUGUCACAAAUGCAAUGAUCUCGCUGCAGCCAAGCAAUUGUUAAAUAUCAUGGAAGAGGUGUCCGAUCGACCUGUUAGCCGUUCUUGCUAUGUAGCGUUAGAAAAAGCGUACAAGAAAAAGAAAAAGUCUUGA